AUGGCGGCACACACUGGCGACCACGGCGAGCAUGGCCCCUACAGCGAGGUCUUCGAGGAGGGCGCCCUCGAUAUGAAGCAGGCGCAAACCGUUCACCGCAUUAGAGCCAAUUCCAGUAUCAUGCAAUUGAAAAAGAUUCUUGUUGCCAAUCGAGGAGAGAUCCCUAUCCGAAUUUUCCGAACGGCACACGAAUUGUCUCUUCAGACAGUAGCAGUUUUCAGUUACGAGGAUCGACUUUCUAUGCACAGACAAAAAGCUGAUGAAGCAUAUGUCAUCGGAAAGCGAGGUCAAUACACACCAGUAGGAGCAUACUUGGCUGGAGAUGAGAUCAUUAAAAUUGCUCUCCAACAUGGAGUUCAAAUGAUUCACCCUGGAUAUGGUUUUCUCUCUGAAAAUGCCGAAUUUGCGAGGAACGUUGAGAAGGCUGGCUUGAUUUUCGUCGGUCCCUCUCCCGAAGUCAUCGACUCGCUCGGUGACAAAGUGUCUGCCCGAACAUUGGCCAUCAAGGCGGGCGUACCCGUAGUUCCCGGAACUGAGGGAGCGGUUGACAAAUUCGAGGACGUUAAGAAAUUCACGGACGAAUACGGAUUCCCAAUUAUCAUCAAAGCUGCAUAUGGUGGUGGUGGACGUGGUAUGCGUGUUGUGCGAGAGCAAAAAGAUUUGGAGGACUCUUUCAACCGUGCGACUUCCGAGGCUAAAUCGGCUUUCGGAAAUGGCACUGUCUUUGUGGAACGUUUCCUCGACAAACCUAAGCACAUUGAGGUCCAACUCCUUGGAGACAACCAAGGAAACAUUGUCCACCUUUAUGAGCGUGAUUGCUCAGUUCAACGACGACAUCAAAAGGUUGUGGAGCUAGCUCCAGCGAAGGAUCUUCCAGUCGAUGUCAGGGACAAUCUUCUCAAAGAUGCCGUCAAACUUGCAAAGUCGGUCAACUACCGCAAUGCUGGUACCGCAGAAUUUUUGGUCGACCAGAAGAACAGAUAUUACUUUAUCGAGAUCAACCCUCGUAUUCAAGUCGAGCACACUAUCACAGAAGAAAUUACUGGGAUUGAUUUGAUUGCUGCUCAAAUUCAAAUCGCUGCCGGCGCUACUCUACAACAACUAGGUCUCACUCAGGAUCGUAUCUCUACCAGGGGUUUCGCUAUCCAAUGCCGUAUCACUACAGAAGAUCCUUCUAAGGGCUUUUCUCCAGAUACUGGAAAGAUUGAGGUCUAUCGAUCAGCAGGUGGUAACGGUGUCCGAUUGGAUGGUGGAAAUGGAUUUGCUGGUGCCAUCAUCACUCCUCACUACGACAGUAUGCUGGUUAAGUGUACUUGCCACGGCUCUACCUAUGAGAUUGCUCGUCGAAAGAUGCUCCGAGCGCUAGUCGAGUUCCGAAUUCGCGGAGUCAAGACGAACAUUCCCUUUUUAGCAUCGCUGCUCACUCACCCUACAUUCAUUGAAGGCAACUGCUGGACAACAUUUAUUGAUGACACACCCGAGCUGUUCGAUCUCGUUGGGAGUCAAAACCGUGCUCAGAAACUUCUUGCUUACUUGGGAGAUAUUGCGGUCAAUGGCAGCAGUAUCAAGGGUCAAAUCGGUGAGCCUAAGUUCAAGGGCGAGAUCAUCAUGCCAGAGCUCUUUGAUGAGUCUGGCAAUAAAAUUGACACGUCCGUCCCUUGCGAAAAGGGAUGGAGAAACAUUCUUGUUGAGAAGGGACCAGAAGCGUUUGCUAAGGCUGUUCGUGACAACAAGGGCUGCCUUCUUAUGGAUACAACAUGGCGUGACGCUCAUCAAUCGUUAUUGGCUACUCGAGUCCGUACUGUUGAUCUUCUGAACAUCGCCAAAGAGACCAGCCACGCAUAUAGCAACCUGUUUUCUCUUGAGUGCUGGGGUGGAGCAACCUUUGAUGUUGCCAUGCGUUUCUUGUAUGAAGAUCCAUGGGACAGACUGCGAAAAAUGCGCAAGCUUGUGCCAAACAUCCCCUUCCAGAUGUUGCUCAGAGGUGCCAAUGGUGUUGCAUACUCCUCACUUCCAGACAACGCUAUUUACCACUUCUGCGAACAGGCGAAGAAACAUGGUGUCGAUAUUUUCCGUGUCUUUGACGCUUUGAACGAUAUCGACCAGCUCGAAGUUGGUAUUAAGGCAGUUCAAAAGGCUGGAGGUGUCGUUGAGGGUACCGUGUGUUAUUCUGGUGACAUGUUAAACCCAAAGAAGAAAUAUAACCUCGAGUACUAUCUAUCAUUGGUCGAGAAACUGGUAAAGCUCGGCAUACAUAUUCUCGGCAUCAAGGACAUGGCUGGCGUUAUGAAACCCAAAGCUGCCACCCUCUUGAUCGGAACUAUUCGCGAGAAAUAUCCAAAUCUUGUGAUACAUGUGCACACUCACGACUCUGCGGGCACUGGUGUUGCUUCCAUGGUCGCUUGCGCUAAAGCAGGUGCCGACGUCGUGGACACCGCCAGUGACUCGAUGUCUGGUAUGACCUCUCAACCUAGUGUUGGAGCUGUUCUUGCAUCUUUGGAAGGUAGCGACCUUUACCCAGGUUUAGACGAACAUCAAGUUCGAGCCAUUGAUCACUAUUGGGCUCAACUGCGUCUUAUGUACUCCCCAUUCGAAGCAGGUUUGCAGGGACCUGAUAGUACAGUGUACGAUCACGAGAUACCUGGUGGCCAAUUGACCAAUAUGAUGUUCCAAGCAUCUCAACUUGGUCUUGGUGCUCAAUGGGCUGAAACCAAGAAAGCUUACGAGCAGGCGAACGAUUUGCUUGGCGAUAUCGUCAAAGUCACACCAACCUCCAAAGUUGUUGGAGAUCUGGCUCAAUUCAUGGUCUCGAACAAGCUCAACUUUGACGAUGUGCAGAAGAGGGCUGGUGAACUCGAUUUCCCCGGGUCUGUUCUCGAUUUCUUCGAAGGCUUAAUGGGCCAGCCAUAUGGCGGCUUCCCCGAGCCCCUGAGGACAAAUGCUCUCCGAGGCAGACGUAAGCUUGAUAAGCGACCUGGCUUGUCCUUGGAGCCACUGGAUCUUGCCAAGAUCAAGAAGGAUAUACACAACACCUGGGGCAGCGUUACUGAGUGCGACGUUUCCUCCUAUGCUAUGUACCCCAAGGUCUUUGAGGAUUACCGAAAGUUUAUCCAGAAAUUUGGCGAUCUCAGCGUCCUACCUACACGAUAUUUCCUGUCAGCACCCGAAAUCGGAGAAGAAUUCCACGUCGAGUUGGAGAAAGGUAAGGUUUUGAUUUUGAAGUUGCUCGCUGUUGGACCUUUGUCCGAUACAACUGGUCAACGUGAGGUCUUCUAUGAGAUGAAUGGUGAGGUCCGUCAAGUCACAGUAGACGACAACAACGCUGCGGUCGAGAACACAAGCAGGCCAAAGGCUGAUCCCGGAGAUUCGAGCCAAGUUGGUGCACCAAUGUCUGGUGUUGUUGUUGAAAUCCGCGUUCACGAUGGAGGUGAAGUCAAAAAGGGUGAUCCUAUCGCUGUACUCAGCGCCAUGAAGAUGGAAAUGGUGAUCUCAGCGCCUCAUGCCGGUAAGGUUUCGACAAUUCAGAUCAAGGAGGGUGACUCUGUCGGAGGCUCCGACCUCAUUUGUAAGAUUGUCAAGCCAGGUGAAAAAUAG